UUCAACAAGUCAAAUAAAGACAUUAUACCUCAGUUGGCUUCUUUCUUGAUUUGAAACAAAAGAAAAGAAAAAGCCUUCCUUGAUGAUGUUGCAAAAAAGAAUAGAAGCAAUCUUUGAAUAACCUGAAUAUAGAGCAAGAGAGAAUAAACAGAGGGUGAGAAAGAAGGUUCAUGAGACCUGGAAGUAAGCUGAAGGACAGCAUGGCAGGGUCCGGCAACAGGAAGAGGCCUUUUGGCAUGCUGUUGUUGCUGGCAUUAGGCGCGGCACUGCUGAGCAUUGUGCUUUUGAACAAACUGAGGGAGCGGCGCGUCUUUGGUCUUCUUCUCCAAGACAAGGAUCAACAGCUUCUUGCUAUCCAGCUUCUCCUGCAGAAGGAACAAGAUCACUCCAAGGAAAUUAAAAGAAAAUUGGAAGACAUGAAAGCAAAGGCAUUCACCUUGAGAACUCAAAAAACGGAGUUUGCCAACAAACUCACAGAAUCACAAGUCACAACAGCUUACCUCAGAAGGAUACAAAAAGAGAUGGAGACAGCCCUUCACGAGAAACAGAAACAGAUUAAUGCAUUGAUGGAGAAGGAAGCAGAAUCCAUUAAGGAAAACCUUCGAAUAGCAACUUUAACAGGACUAUUGAAGGAGAAAGAAGCCGAAAUAGAAGAAAUGAAGCAUCAGCUAAUGAAUCCAAAUUCAUCUAAGCAUAAUGAUGAAAAUACUUCAAGAAAUGACACUUUGAAUAACAAUGUUACAGAAACAGAAAAACAUGAAGACGAAAAUACUUCAAGAGGCGACACUUUAAAUGGCAAUGCAACAGAAGCGGACAAGCAUGGAGAUGAAAAUACUCCAAGAAGUAACACUCUAAGUGACAAUGCUGCAGAAGAAGACAAGCAUGAAGCAGAUGCAACCACACAAAAUGCGUCUGUAGAACAGCUUCCAAACUCUGAAGAAGGAAAAGAAGUGCCCAAGGAAGGACAGGUUGGAGAUGCAAAUGGAAUUGCAGGUAAAGAAGAGGAGACUAAACCCAGAGAAGGGCAAUGGAUCAAGUUCCUUACAAAUGCAGAUGAUGCGAAGGUGAAUGAUGAAGCUAAUAUUAACACUGAUCAAAAUGCAAAAAGCAUGGGCAAAGAGCAGCUCGAGAUGAUCAAAGAUAUUCAUGGUGGUGAACAAACAAGAGAAGCAAGUGAAAUCAGUCAAGAAGGCAUUGAUUCGGAGGCUAAAGAUAGGGAAUCUAAAGGCAGGCAAGUUGUUAACUUUAAGGAGGUUAAUCUUACAGAAGAGAACAAAAGCAAAGUUCAUGAAGACACAGACUUGGAAAGGCAAGAGAAGUCUCCAGAUGGGAAUGAACAGCAAACAUCUCCCAUGGAGCCAAAUUUGGUUGUUGAAGGCAAUGAACCUAAAAUGAGGCAUCGGCAUCAUAGAAGGAACAAAACCAAGGGUAGAAAACACAGAAUGACUAUUAUGGAAGAAGAUGGACCAGAGACGAAUAGCAAUGGGCACUCAGAAGAUUCAGAAAAGAAUGAGGGAACAAAAGAUGAAAGCUUGAAUGAUAAAGAAGGCUCAGUUUUGAACAACAAUCUGCCCCAAAUGCCAGAUAGCUCUGAAACCAUAGAAAGGCAAGCAGAAUCAAGCCAAAAAGAUGAUAAAAAUGCAUCACAAGAUGGUAUAAAUGAUGGGAAGUCAGUAAUGACUUCAAAUUCUGCUUAUGGUGAAGAUGCCAGCAAAAGCAUGCAAAAUGGAGCAAUCUCAAAGUCUGAUGAAAGCAACAAUGAAGCCGGGAGGAAUAUGAUAGACGCUAAAACAGAAAGCAUGGAUUCUACCAACCAGCAGUUGCAAAAUACUCAAAACUUGGAUGAAACUGAAAAUUCACAGAAACAUGAAGAUGACACCAAUGAAAUUGCAAAGACAGAGGAACAAACUGAAGUAGCUUCUGAAAAUGGUUUAUCAGAUGCACACGAUAGUUCUCAGGAGAAUGAAGAUAGCAUGGCUAGCAGCAAUACAGAUGAUGCCACAGUUGAUUUGAGGAAAGCAUCAAAUGGUAUCACACAUGAUGACUCCAUUAAAGACGCCUUACAUAAUGAGGGCAAUCAAGAGCAGGAAGAUUUGCCAAAACAAAAUAACAAUGACAACUGAAUUCUAGUAGCCAAUGUCUGGAGGUUUGCCAAACUAAUGCCAAGGGCUCAAUGCCUGAAGGUGGAACAGCUUUUUAUCUGAGGAGAAGAGUGUGUGUAAUUGUGAAUCAUGUAAUUUGUAUUAUCAGUAAAACAUUACUUGCUAUGACAGUAGAAUUUACCGUAGUGGC